UGCCUGCAUGUGGCUAUUCACGAAGAGGCGGUGCCAGCUCUUAUCCUCGAGCUAAUCAGCAAGGCCAAUAUAGAGGCCUUGAUGGCUUUGGACGACAAAGGCAAUACCCCGUUACAUCUGGCAGUUGCAUACGAGCGAUGCACCGAUGCAGGGCUGAGUGUUGUCAAAGCAUUGAUUGAUCGCUGUGAUAAGGCACUGGAUGCGCAAACCAGUACCACAAAUCGACUCUCUCCAUAUCGUUAUCAUCUGUUUACCAGGGCGGAAGCUGAGGCCAAGGCGUCUCGACGCAAACACGUGGAGCAACAACAGCUCCAAGGUAUGAAGGAUGUCGGUUUGCCAAUGAGUAAGGGAAGUGUGGCCAAGGACAAUGUUAUGCUUCCUCCUAGCCUAGCACCGACGAGCUUGCCUGGGCCAGAUCACAAACUACCAUCCGAGAACCGACUAGGCCUACCCCGACGAAGCAAUACCCUUAGUGAGCUUCAUCCGUCAUCGAAGGAUCAAUCAGGGUCCAUAGGAGAUUUGGCCUUUGUGACCGCUUUGGCAGUGCACGACAAACCUAUAACUAUGAACAAAUCUGUCAAAUUCGCAAACGGCACGGCUAAUGAGUCAAAGAAGACAUCCACCAAGAAAGCAAGUGAGGACAUGGUUGUCACGAAACAGACCGCGGAUACAAUUCGAGAUUACCUGAAAGUUCAUUAUCUGAGGACGCGGGAUCACGACCAAGCGAUCGAACUGCUAUAUGGACGAGACCGACCUCUAGCCAGAGAUCUAUACUUCGACCUAUAUGAGUCUUCGUCACGAUACAUCGACCAAGACUGGAUCAGCCGUGGCCUAGAGUAUCUAUGCUUCGAAGACACAUUGCAAUAUGUCGCGCUUCCGCAUCUCGAAUUGACAAAAAAGGUGCAGUCCGUGGAUUCGCGCUUUGCGCGGGUGAGAAGUUUGCUGCCUGAUGGUGAGGGUCGGCGCGAUAUGGUAUUUAUGUUUGACUUUCUGCGAAAGAAGGGGGUAUCCCGAAUUCUGCGAGUCAUUGUGGAUGACACGACCUCUCCAGCGCACAGCGAUGAGGCAAUAGAACAGGCGCUGGGGGGCUUUCGGGUCGAGGUGUGGGACUGGCGCAAGAUUGACCUCUCCAUUGACACGAUCAUUAGUGUGGCGCUGGACGCUCGGGAGGUGUAUUUGUACUGGAGUGGGAACAACGCGGUGCUGCGUGGAUGGAGCGAUCACGGCGGUCUGGCACAAUUGAAAAGCCUGCGGACUGUGCACCUGCAUGUUAGCCAGGGUCUUGAAACCGCCGAGCGAACCAAGCGAAAUGUGAAUCAAUUCCGCAGCAGGCUGGCCGCACUACGACCAGACAUCCACAUUAAACUGGAAGAACAUCGGCCAGAAAGAUCAGCUAACCAGAGCGGGGCCUCCAUCGAGGGGGUUCGCGAACAGCAAGUCGAGCAUCGUCACCGUUGGUUGACGUGCAUGGACAACUUCGCGGACUUCAUUCAGAACAUUCGGCCCCCGACUGGAUGGAAAGAAGACGUGCGCGUGGCGCUGAUCGACGAUGGUGUUGACAUCGAGGAGAAGACUCUGCGGGGUAAGAUAAUCGGCGGUCGCAGUUUCUGCCCACGGGACUAUGCACAGAAUCUGCAGCGGUCCUUCUAUGUGUCAGGCAGUGGGCAUGGGACCGUCAUGGCGAGCCUCAUCUGCCGCGUGUGCCCCACUGCAAAGUUGUUUGUUGUCAAGCUAGCAGAGCAUGUCAGCGAGAGUUCAACCCGCCAGAUAACAGCCAAGAGUGCAGCUAAGGCUGUUCGCGCCGCAAUUGACCGACAGGUUCACAUUAUCUCCAUGUCAUGGACGAUCGAACGCAACGAACAGAAUGCGGCCGACAUUCGAGAUUUGGAAGCCGCGAUCGGAGCCGCUGCUAACGCAGGAAUCCUGAUGUUCUGUGCGGCAAAUGAUCAGGGGGCAGCGCUGGAUGUCAGCUUCCCUGCUGCCUGUGCCAAUACCAAGAAUAUCUUCAAGAUCGGUGCUGCGGAGGCUUCUGGAGCGGUAUGGAAGUGGGUAGGAGACGCGGCGGCGGUCGACUUCAUUUUUCCCGGCCACAAAGUGGUGAAAGAGCGACCCAACGACGCACCGAUCGACAAAUGCCAGACCUUGACUGGGUCUUCAGUAGCAACGGCUAUUGCAUCCGGGUUAGCAGCGCUGAUUCUCUAUUGCGUGGAGCUCAGCUUCGUGCAGAGGCAGGCUGUCAACCAACCUGGCAAGGUGGAUCACUUCGAGGGUCUUUCACGUCAUGAGCGCAUGCGUGAGGCCUUCUUAGCAAUUGGUACAACUCAGAGUAGUGGGAAUAAGUAUAUCGAGGUGUGGAAUGUGUUUGAGAAGGCCGUGGAGAAA